AUGUCAGAGGGGAAUGCUUCUUUUCAUGACCGGAGUUACCUCCCUUUAUUAAAAUGUCUCACACUGACACAGAAUAUGGAAAUGGAACAAAAAGAGAAUAACAAACACUGCAGCCAGUCAGAAGGUGGUCCUAGUCCAAAACGACAAAAACUAAAUAGCUCAGAAGGCCAGGAUUCUUUAACUGCUUCUGAAAUUGCUCCCGCAAUUGUUCCCCAGACGUCUGCCACAGAAAAUGGCACGUUUCACAAGGCAUCAGAUGUCAUUUAUGAAAAACUCCUACGAGAGACAGAUGUUGGAAUUACAGAGUACAUCAGCCAACACAAGGGAUUUAAUGCGAUUCUGAAACAGCGAUACUCAGACUUUGUUGUGAACGAAAUUGAUAUCAAUGGGGAUAUUGUACAGCUGACAGAUAUUUCCCCACCUAAAAAUGAAGAAAGAACUAUCCAAGAUGUCACUGAUCGCCUUUCAAGUGAAGAUAUUAAAAAGUUACAGAAACUGACAGAGAAGAAAGAUAAGUCAACAUCGGUUUAUAUUGAGGUUGCUGAUGAUAAGGCAGAACGAACUAAGAUCCAUCAAGCAAUAAGAGAUGGUUUCUUGGGUCUGGAGAGCACCACAGAGGAGAGAGGGGAUAAACGUGUGAUUAAAGUUGUCUUUCGUAACUCAAACAGUCGUAACAGCCGAUCUUCGUGGCCACGGGAUAGAGGGAAUUAUUGUAAAUUUGUUUUGUACAAGGAAAACAAAGACACAAUGGAUGCUAUUAAUCUCAUUGCCAAGAAAUUGAGGAUAAAACCAGGCCAAUUCCAAUAUUCUGGGACUAAAGACAGAAGAGCCAAAACAUCUCAGCACAUAACUGUCUUCAGGACUCCUAUCAAGCGGCUUUAUGAAUUGAAUAAAGACUUGAAAAAUUUAUGCCUUGGGAAUUUCAGUUACGUGGAUGAAUGCUUAAAAUUAGGACAGUUACUAGGUAAUCGCUUCAUCAUUGUACUCAGGAACGUAAGUGGAGAUGAUGAACAAGUGACACAAGCAUUGGAAUCUCUGAAAGAAAAAGGCUUCACUAAUUAUUAUGGUAUGCAACGGUUUGGUACCACGUCCAUUCCAACGUAUCAUGUUGGCAGAGCCAUCUUGCACAGUAAUUGGAAGGAAGCUGUCGAACUAAUUUUGAAACCAAGAGAAGGAGAAGAUGAUGAAAUCACUGAAUGUCGUCGGAUUUGGUGGGAGAAAAGGAAUGCAAAAGAACUUUUGUCUAAAGUACCUAAGCGUCAUAGUCUGGAGCGCCUUCUGCUUCAAGGUUUGGCAUCACAAGGAUCAAACAAUUAUUGCAAUGCACUUGUAUCAAUCCCACGCAAUACACGCCUCAUGUACGUCCACAGCUAUCAGAGUUACGUGUGGAACGCAAUGGUCUCUCGAAGAAUUAACCAAUUUGGCCUGACACCAGUGGUUGGAGAUUUAGUAUUUGAUAACUCUGAUUGCUCAGCUCGCGAUCCUGAUGGUUCCAGGGAACGUCCACAUGUUAUCACAGCUGAAAACAUUAACAACUACACCAUCCAUGAUGUUGUGAUGCCUCUCCCUGGGUAUGAUAUCAUGUACCCUGAAAAUGAAGCCCAUACUUGGUAUCGUGAAAUGCUGGAGAAAGAUGGCCUAAGCAUUGAUAAUCUCAGGCAUUCCAACAAAGAUUAUUCCCUCCCAGGUGCUUACCGAAAAGUCAUCAUAAAACCAUCAAACGUUUCUUGGCAGCUGUACAAUUACAAUGACCCAACAGUGUCCUUGGUAUUGAGUGACUAUGAAACGCUUACUGGAGAGAAAGAGGUACAGAGCUUAGAGGAUGGGAAGCUGAAAGCCAUCAAACUGUGCAUUACACUUCCUCCUUCUUGUUACGCCACAAUGGCCAUCAGAGAGAUUCUCAAGACAGACACCUCUUCUUGUUACCAAUCACGACUCAUGGAAGACACCACAGACUGUAAAGCUGAUCAAUAA